UUUUGGCUCGUAGGGGUGUGUCGACAUCCGGGGGCGGCGGACGUGAUGGCCCCCGGAGCCGAGGCGUGCGAGGGCGAGCCGUGGCGGCAGAAGCAUGAGGAGGCGCAGGCCGCGUGUGCAUCGGGGCGCUUCUUCGAGGCCGUGCAGCUGAUCAACGCAGCCCUGGAGGCCUUUGAGCGUGGGCUCGCGCCAGCGCCAGCCGGAGACCCUGGCCUGCUGCUGACGGAGCCAGCGCGGUUCGUGCAGGGGGCCAGCGCGUCGCUUCCCGCGGAGUCCGCCCGCGCGCUGGCCGCCCUGUACGCGUCCCGGGCGGACAUCCUGAUGAGUCUCGGGGGGCUUCGGCGCAGCGCCGCGGAGCUUGCGGCCGCCGCGGCGUUGGCGCCUGGUGACGGGAGGCGAUGGAUCUGCAAGAGGAGUGCCGGCGGCUCCAGGAGGCCCAGGAUGAGGGCUUCCGAGAGAAGGACCGCGUGGAGGCGCAGGGCAAGGUCCCGGCCCACAUACUCACGGGCUUCUUGGGGAGUGGCAAGACCACUCUGCUCAACCACAUCCUCCGCGGCUCGCACGGAAAGGUAUUCGCGGUGAUCGAGAACGAGUUCGGCGAGGUGGGCGUCGAUGAUGCGCUGAUCGCCUCGAGAACAGAUCGAGAUGAGCUGGGGGUCGAGCAGAUCAUCGAGAUGAACAACGGCUGUAUCUGCUGCACCGUGCGAGGGGACCUCAUCAACGGGCUCAAGGGCAUUCUGAGGCGGGUCGCGGAAGACGGCAAACAGCUUGACGGGGUCAUCAUCGAGACCACAGGGUUGGCAGACCCCGCCCCUGUCGCCCAAACUUUCUUCGCGGACGACUACAUCCAGGCAAGAAUGGUGCUGGACGGUAUCAUCACUGUUGUGGAUGCCAAGCACGCCCUCCAGCACCUCCGAGAGGAGAAACCCGAGGGCGUUGAGAACGAGGCUAUCGAGCAGGUGGCCUUUGCGGACAGGAUCCUGCUAAACAAGACGGACCUGGUCGACCAGGGAACGCUAGCAGAAGUCGAGGCCGAGAUUCGAAAGAUUAACCUCGUGGCACCCGUCGUGCGCACCCAGCAGUCUGUGGUUGAUCUGGACAGCAUCAUAGCAUACGUGGCUUCUCGCUAGACCGGGUUCUCGAGGCCGACUCCGAGUUCCUGAGGGACGACCAGGACCACCAGCACGAUUCGUCAGUAAGUUCUGUCGGCAUCGACUGCGAGGGCGAGUGCGACCUUGCGAGGCUGAAUCAAUGGAUCGCCGCGCUGCUUAAAGAGAAAGGGGCCGACAUCUUCCGAACGAAGGGGGUGCUCGCCGUGAGGGGCUGCCAGAGCCCGUUCGUCUUCCAGGGCAUCCACAUGAUCUUCGGUGGCCAGCCGCAGGGAGAGUGGAAGGAAGGGCAGCCCAGGACAGGAACAGGAUGGUCUUCAUCGGCCGGAACCUGGACCGCGCCGAGCUGGAGGGCGGCUUCCGGGCCACGCUCGCGGCGUGACCUCUUUUGCUCGACCCCGCCCGCCCGCCCCCUCUCCGAAGCGAAGGGGGGCACCCAGCAGUGAGGCGCGAGGAGGCCCAAGGCACGCAAGCAACAAGGCGGGCGGCUUGGCGACAGCCAUGACAAGGAGACGAGCAGUACGGUGCAUACAUCUCGUCGCAGCCUCGUCGGGGACUGUAACAACGAGUUCUGUGAAGCAAUGGAGGCACCCGCUUUGGUAUGCGCGUGCGACUGCGAAGCGACACGAUCCGCUGCGUUCUGCUGAUUGGCUUGCAGAGUGCCACACCGAAGAUGAAGAUUGACAUGGUCCCUGACACCUGGCGAUGAUGCAGUAGCCUCACUGCGCAGCUGCAAAUCUUUGGACUCUAAUCUUCAACUUUCAGUCUGCGAUAAUAAUCACGUCCACGGGUUGCAUAUGCCAGGCCAGUAUAGCUAAUCUCGCCGUCUGGCGGGAUCGACCAGAAGAGCGAAAACCAGCUUUUGUGAGGAAAGGUCAGUACGGCCAAAGUGCAAGCCUAGACCCCCUAGAGUGCAGACCUUACCUUAGGCCAAAGUGCAGACCACGCAGCACUACUCACUGCGCUCGUAAACUCACAGAUAUUGUGAGCCACACAGGUUGCUGUACUUAGCUUGCACCACGCAGCUUGCAUCGCAUCGGUUGCAUAACCUAUUAAGCUAGAGAGCUCAUCGUUUGGGGUUCACGCUG